CGCGCUUUGGGGAAGUGCAGCCGAGGCGCCUGCGCACUGCACCCUGCGCCCCCUCCCCGACUAUCGGGCCGGACCUCGGGGCGCGCGGGCCGGCGGCGGCGGCGCGAGCGGCUCGGGAGCGCGGCCGACUCUCAGGCUGUGGUGAGAGGGUCCCGGAGCCAGCACCACGGAGCCGGGGCAGCCUCCACCACCCACCCAUGCCCACCCCGCAUGAGACUGAGAAGCAGCACAUAGGGCCAGAGGAGGCAGACCAGCCCCCCUCGAUGUCCAGUCAUGACGCGGCCCCCCCGGCUGCCCCCAGCCGCAACCCCUGCUGCUUGUGCUGGUGUUGCUGUUGCGGCUGUUCCUGGAACGAAGAGCGGCGGCGAGCGUGGCGGGCCUCCCGGGAGAACAAGCUGCAGCCCCUCCCCAGCUGCGAGGCGUGCGCCACGCCAAGCCCGGAGGAGGUGCGGAGCUGGGCGCAGUCGUUCGACAAGCUGAUGCACAGCCCGGCGGGCCGAAGCGUGUUCCGGGAGUUCCUGCGCACCGAGUACAGCGAGGAGAACAUGCUCUUCUGGCUGGCCUGCGAGGAGCUCAAGGCCGAGGCCAACCAGCACGUGGUGGACGAGAAAGCCAGGCUCAUCUAUGAGGACUACGUGUCCAUCCUGUCCCCCAAGGAGGUGAGCCUGGACUCCCGAGUGCGGGAAGGCAUUAACAAGAAGAUGCAGGAGCCUUCGGCGCACACGUUCGACGAUGCGCAGCUGCAGAUCUACACCCUCAUGCACCGGGACUCCUACCCGCGCUUCCUCAGCUCCCCCACCUACCGUGCCCUGCUGUUCCAGGGAAGCUCCCAGUCCUCCAACGAGGCCUAGGCUGCCCACCGCAGCGGCACAGACGUGGGACCCCUGUGGUGGGCACAGACUCGGUUACCGGCACCAGUGUGCGUCCGCGGAUGUCCCGCACACCAGCGGGGCCCAGCACCCCCGAGGGCAGUCCCAGACAGGAGCCCCUCUCUACCCCGGGGACCUGGGACCCGGAGGUCCUGCUGAGGGGAGGCGUGAGGGCCUCUUGACACCAGGCAGUCUCUCCCCAAAAAGCUCCCCGCUGGGCUCCUGCGUGGGGGAGAGGGAGACCUCCCACGGGGUCUGGUGGACCCACCGGCCUCACUUAGGCCUCCUCCCCAAGCAGCCAGGGACCUUGAGAAAUGCCUUUGGUGGGCAGUAGAGCCUCUGUGUGUCUAGUUGUGACAGGAGGAGACAGACCCUCUAAUUCAAGCUGUCUGCGCCCGGAUCAGACCCAGAACCUCAGAACUAGGCUCGAGGCAACAGGAGCCAGUUUCUUUUUUAUAUUUUCAUUAAUUUUAAACCUGGAAACAUGUCCUUACUGUAUUUUAUCAAAAAAAUGAAAAAGAUGUUUUCAUAUUUAUCUCCGUUCCUUCUCCAUCCAAAAUAGGAUCUUUUAUUGAAGAUAUUUUUAAA